AUUGGCCGAGACUGAAGGUGUGACCUGCCCUCCUACAGUCCUAGAGGUGGCAGACAAUAUAAGGAAGCUGAUGUGGCGGAAUCCGUCUCAGUCCUAGGGGGUUUUGUCGGAGUUUGUGGUAUCCGCGUACAGUUUUUCAGAAUGUCUCCAAAACAUCCAGCCCUCUCCCCGGAGCAGAAGAAGGAGCUCUCCGAGAUUGCUCUCCGUAUAGUUCAACCAGGCAAGGGGAUUCUGGCAGCAGAUGAGUCCGUGGGCACCAUGGGAAGUCGCCUCAAGCGCAUCAACGUAGAGAACACAGAGGAAAACAGGCGUGCUUUCCGAGAUCUCCUCUUCUCUUCUGAUGCCGCUCUGAAUAAGCAUAUUGGAGGUGUUAUUCUUUUCGAUGAGACGGUGUAUCAGAAAUCUCGCAAUGACAUUCCAUUUCCCAAAGUCCUUAAAGAUCUCGGGAUUGUUGUUGGAAUUAAGGUAGAUAAAGGUACUGCUUCUUUAGCUGGGACAGAUGGAGAGACCACAACACAAGGUCUGGAUGGACUUGCCGAGCGCUGCGCUCAGUAUAAAAAGGAUGGAGCUGAUUUUGCCAAGUGGCGUUGUGUGUUGAAGAUCUCAGACUCUGCUCCCUCAAGUUCAGCUAUUUAUGAGAAUGCCAAUGUACUGGCACGGUAUGCCAGCAUCUGCCAGCAGAAUGGCCUUGUUCCAAUCGUAGAGCCUGAAAUCCUGUCCGAUGGUGACCAUGAUCUCCAGCGAUGUCAGUAUGAGACAGAGAAGGUUCUCUCGGCUGUGUAUGCAGCUCUUAUACAGCACCAUGUUUAUUUAGAAGGAACCCUUUUGAAGCCAAAUAUGGUGACAGGUGGACAAUCCUGUCCCCAGAAAUUCACCCCAGAGGAGGUUGCCAUGGCUACUGUCACAGCACUAAGACGGACUGUUCCAGCUGCUGUACCUGGCAUCUGUUUCCUCUCAGGAGGUCAGAGUGAAGAGGAGGCAUCUCUCAAUCUGAAUGCUAUGAACCGCUGUAGCCUUGGUCGUCCAUGGCGCCUUUCUUUCUCCUAUGGACGUGCUCUUCAGGCCUCUGCACUUGCUGCUUGGCUCGGAAAAGCCGAAAAUGAGAAAGCGGCACAGGAAGCCUUCCUCAAGAGAGCACAGAUUAAUAGCCAGGCGUCUCUUGGGCAAUACGUUCCACAGGGAUCUUCAGAUUCAGUUGCCUCUCAGUCUCUCUUCCAACCCAGUUAUAGCUACUAAUAAUAUUUUGUACUGUAUGUAACAUAUAAUGCCUCCUUGCCAACAGCUGCUAACCAUCAUUAUUAAUACAACCUAGCAAAACAAACUGAUCAAAUGGGGCGAAGUCUACAUUAAAGUCCACGUAGAUGAGACAGUUUUGUGCAUACCAAAAACUUGCAUAUAAACACUUUUGUAUUUUGUGGCAUAUUUGAGGCAGGGCAAGGUAUACAACUUAAAGCAUUUUAAACAAAAUAUCGAUGGAUCCAAUGUAUUUGUAGUUUAACUUUCUCCCUCUUCUUUUACAAAGAUCUUGUCUUUCGUCCCACAGAAUAGAAAGUUUUCCAGUACUUGUAAUGUUGAAUGUAAUACAUACGCAAACAGAAUAGGUUUCAACUGAUUUUUGGGGUUAGGUGUUUGUGGUGGAAAUGACAUCAAAAUCUUUCUCUUACCUGCUGCUAUGACCUACUUCAGAGUCCCCUAAUAAAAUCAACUUUAUGAACUGUGAA